AUGAUUGCUUCAUCCUCAUUAUGUGGCAUUGGUCGCCGUAAUUUUGCUAGACAAUUUUCCAGAACCAAGACAUCAAGCUCAACUUCUGCCUUGGCUUACAAGGCCUUGCACCGUAAUCAAAAGAGACCGCCAUUACCUACCUUUGAAACCCCAAAUUGGUCCGCUGAUGCUGCAGUUUCUUCAAUUUUAUACGAAACACCGGUUCCAUCGAAGGCACCAAGAAAGCAACACGUUUUAAACUGUUUAGUUCAAAAUGAACCAGGUGUAUUAAGUUCCGUUUCGAGUACUUUAGCUGCUAGAGGGUUCAAUAUUGACUCUUUGGUUGUUUGUAGUACAGAAGUUAAGGACUUGUCUCGUAUGACUAUCGUCUUGGCGGGACAAGAUGCCGUUGUUGAACAAGCAAGAAGACAAAUCGAAGACUUGGUUCCAGUUUAUGCUGUCUUGGAUUACACCAAUGCUGAAAUUAUCAAAAGAGAGUUGUUAUUAGCAAGAGUUUCAUUAUUAGGACCUGAAUAUUUCCACGAACUCAUUGCUACCCAUAAAUUGCACACCAGUGAUGGUACCUCACUCCCAGAUUUGAGUGCCACUGCGUCGGCUUUCCAUCCAAGUAACUUAGCCCCAUCAGAAGCUUUGAGGCACAAACACUCCCACUUAGCUCACAUUUCAACUAUAACUGAAAAAUUUGGCGGUAAGAUCGUUGACAUUGCUGAUAGAAACGUUAUCGUUGAAUUGAGUGCUAAGCCAUCUAGAGUUUCCUCUUUCAUCCAAUUAUUACAUCCAUUUGGUAUUUUAGAAAUUGCUAGAUCUGGUAUGAUGGCAUUACCAAGAACUCCAUUGGAUGGUGCUUACGAAGAAGAAGAAGCCGUUAAUGCUGCUGAUAUCGUUGAUGCUUCUCAAUUACCUCCUGGUUAG